GCUUAAGUUUGAGGUGGAAGGAGCUGGGCCUGCUGCGCCCGCCCGCCCAUGCAAACAGAAUUGCAGAAGUUGAGCCUCCGCUUAUCACUUCCCUGAGAAGGACAGCACAUUUCCAGCUUCCUGUGCCUAAGAGCAAGUACCCAGCGCCCUUCGCGCUGCUCAAACCCAGGCUGACCUGUGCAUAUGGGUCAGGGGAUCAGGAUGGGGCCUGUGCACGAGCCUAGCCUCUGCUACAAGAACUAGAGGAAGCAAUUCCAGAAGAGCACUGCCCAGACUCAGGAGCAGAAGACCAGGGGCGUUCAGUGGCUUUUCUAAUGACUCUCCUCACUAUGAUCCCCUGUCCUGCACAGAGAGACAUUGACUUCUACAGGAGAAAUUGAAGCAGCCCUGCCACAAACCACAGCAGAAGCAAGAAGGAAGCAGACAUCGGGUACCCCUGACCUGCAAACACUAGUUCUAGUGUACACCCCUGCUGGAUGCCUGUGUCUUGACGGCCUCACAGCAAUUCCAAGGCUAGAACUGACACCCGUCUCAUGUGCCAGAAACUCAGCCCAUGCUCUGUGUAAAAGGUCCCCCAGAGCAGGAAGCAGAAGAUGGGGCUUUGGACGUGACAAGAGGGUCCCAGUGCCCACUCCCCACAGAAGGCUCCAUCUUGGGACAGGAGCUUCUAGACUGUACCAGAAUGAACGAAGACCAGAAUACAGACGAGAAUGGUGCUGGCCACCUGUACUCCGAGAGCCCAUCACAGCUCAGGGAGUAUCUCACACAGCCAUCGUCUGAACAGACCUCAUCCUCGGAGAGCACUGUGACGUCAAGUGAUUCUGGAUCAGACAUUUUGCACAUGGCUUCUGGUGACCUUGACUGCAAACCUCUCUGUGAGAAGGAGGAAGAAGCAAGAGCGGCCUCUGCCAUGCAAGGCACCAGCACAGCUCUGGCUACUUGUGGAGACUACGCGAAUGUGGGCGUGGUCAAGGCUUCAUCCCAGCAGGAAGCAGGAGAGCAACUCAGAACUACGGAAGACGGCGGGAAGGGCAGUGCCCCAGGAGAGACGGAGGUUUCCAUGCCCCCCAAAGCAUCUGUGAAGCUCGUUAACUUUCAGCAGAGUGAAAACACUUCAGCUAAUGAGAAGGAAGUGGAGGCAGAAUUCCUCAGGUUAUCUUUGGGACUUAAGUGUGACUGGUUUACAUUGGAGAAGAGGGUGAAGCUUGAAGAGAGGUCCCGGGACCUGGCGGAGGAAAAUUUGAAGAAAGAAAUCACAAACUGUUUAAAGCUUUUAGAGUCGCUGACUCCCCUGUGUGAAGAGGACAACCAGGCUCAGGAAAUCAUUAAGAAGCUGGAGAAGAGUAUAGUGCUGCUCAGCCAGUGCACAACCCGUGUGGCCAGCAGGGCCGAGAUGCUGGGAGCCAUCAACCAGGAAAGCCGGGUGAGUAGAGCAGUGGAGGUGAUGAUCCAGCACGUGGAGAACCUGAAAAGGAUGUACGCCAAAGAGCACGCAGAGCUGGAGGAGCUGAAGCAGGCACUGCUGCAGAACGACAGGUCUUUUAACUCUCUGCCAGAUGAAGAUGACUGUCAGAUUAAAAAGCGUUCAUCUUCUCUAAAUUCCAAGCCAUCUUCUCUUCGAAGAGUGACCAUUGCCUCUUUACCCAGGAAUCUUGGAAAUGUGGGGCUGGUGUCAGGCAUGGAAAAUAAUGACAGAUUCAGCCGGCGGUCGAGCAGCUGGAGAAUCCUGGGGACAAAGCAGGGCGAGCCCCGCCCCUCCCUGCACCGCUUCAUCAGCACCUAUUCCUGGGCUGACGCCGAGGACGAGAGAAGUGAUGUGAAAGCCAGAGAUGCCCCGGAACCACCAGGAGAAGAGGCAGUAGAGAGGACCAGGAAGCCCAGCCUUUCUGAGAGGAGAAGCAGUGCGUUGGCUUGGGACAGGGGCACAAUCUGCAGCUCUGUGGCUUCCUGGGUCACUCACCUGCAGGCGUCCUUCAGAAGAGCCAACAGAGCACUCUGGCUCACGGGGCUCUUCAUCAUACUGAUCGCAGUGCUGAUGAGCAUCCUCACAGGUCAGCUCUUCCAGACAGCCGUGGAGGCUGCGCCCACACAGGAGGGGGACUCCUGGUUGUCUCUAGAACACAUCUUAUGGCCAUUUACCAGACUCGGGCGUGACGGACCGCCGCCAGUGUGACUGACGUGCAGCUCAAUGUCCCCUUGGAUUUUAACGUUUCCCUCUGAGAUUUGUAAAUUGGUAACUUUUUUAGUAACUAUAGUGCAAAGCUAGGGUCCUCGGCAGCUGGGAUCUUUUAAUUCCCCAACAAAAGCACAGGGGACUUCAAAAGGGAGGGGACUCCACCUAGGGUAUUUUAAUAAGCUUUCUGAGUGAGAAGCAUCAAACUUUAUUGAGAUGUAUCCAAAUAAAGACCAUUCAAAUCUU